ACCAGCCAGCCAGCCAUGGAUGUCAGACUGCACAAUUCAAUUGAUGAACAACAAAACACACGGAUAUGUUAGUGAAUAUAAUUGGUAUAAUGUUACAUUACUAGAUCGUCGAUCAUCUGCCUGAAACAGUAAGGAGACGGUCAAAGCCUUCCCCGAAGUGUAGGCUAAUCGUUGACCACCCCCAACAAAGUAAUUUUUCUUUACCGGGCCGACCCCUUUAACCAACUGCAGUGUUCGACCUCGGUUCAGCUACAUAAUGUAUAUUUUAUACACAGUUAUCACUUCUUUGGUUUGCUUUUUGAUUUUGAAAUGGAUGAAAAGGAGGAGGUACUGCACAGAUGUUAAACGGCUGGAUGGUAAAACAGUCCUUAUCACUGGAGGAAACUCUGGUAUUGGCAAAGAGACAGCGGUGGCCUUGGCGAUAAGGGGAGCCCGUGUCAUCAUCGCCUGCAGAGAUGUCGACAAAGCUCAGAAGGCUGUGAGGGAGAUCAAGGCGAGAAGCCACAAUGUCAACGUCGUAUACAUGGAGCUGGAUCUGGCUAAUAUGAGGUCUAUCCGGGAAUUUUGCACGUCGUUCUUGCAAAAGGAGAAGAGGCUCAAUAUCUUGAUCAACAAUGCGGGUAUACCCAGUGUCUUAGACUGGACGGAUGACAACUUCAGCAUGUGUUUCGGAGUGAAUCAUCUGGGCCACUUCCUCCUGACCAAUCUGCUGCUGGGCCGGCUGAAAGAGUCCGCCCCGAGCCGGGUGAUUACACUCACCUGUGACAAUUACAAGUACCAGAAGUUGGACUUCCAGGACCUCAACUACAACCUGCUGCCCUUCUUCACCUACUGCCGCAGCAAGCUGGCCAACAUCUACUUCACCCAGGAGCUGGCCAGGAUGACCGAUGGCAAGGGGGUCACUGCUUAUGCCGUGCAUCCAGGCUACGUGCAGAGCAACUGGACAUGCCACUUCUCCAUCCUGUUCCGAAUCCUGAUGCAGGUGAUCAUGUUCAUGUUUUUUGUGCCGUGCGAAUUGGGAGCGCAGACAGUCAUCUACUGUGCUGUGUCGGACACAGUCACUGACAACAACGGCGGCUACUUCACUGACUGUAGGCCGGCCACACUGAGACCCUUCGCUAAAGACCCUGGAGUGGCCAAGAAGCUGUGGGAGGCUAGUGAAAGACUGGUUAGGCUAGCCUGAUGAUGAACUCCUAUUUCGUUUAUAUCCAUUUUAUAUGAAGUAUUAUUUAUUGCACAACUGAGGAUAUGUUCUUUAUUAUGAUGUCAUCAUUUUUUGUCAUGAUCAUUUUGUCCCCUUUGUUCUGUUUGUUUACAUUGAAGUUUCAUUGUGAGAGCGAAUAUGAAAGUUGCUUUUGAUUAAAAACACUGGAAUGUU